AGCUCGCUUAGAUAAUAACACGGUUUAAAAGUUGGCGGUUGGAGCUAGGGUUUCCUCGGACUGGCGGGGCCGGAGAAGAAGAGCAAGAAGUAGAAGCAAUCGGCGCCACCGCCAGCCACAGCCGCGAUGGUCCUCAAGACUGAGCUUUGCCGCUUCAGCGGUGCCAAGAUAUACCCGGGCAAAGGCAUCAGAUUCGUGCGUUCUGAUUCCCAGGUUUUCCUCUUUGCUAACUCCAAAUGCAAGAGGUACUUCCACAACCGCCUGAAGCCCUCCAAGCUUACCUGGACGGCUAUGUACAGGAAGCAACAUAAGAAGGACAUUUCUGCUGAGGCUGUGAAGAAGAAGCGCCGAUCAACCAAGAAGCCAUACUCAAGGUCUAUUGUCGGUGCUACCCUAGAAGUGAUUCAGAAGAGGAGGACUGAGAAGCCAGAAGUCCGAGACGCUGCUCGUGAGGCUGCUCUUCGGGAAAUCAAGGAGAGGAUCAAGAAGACAAAGGACGAAAAGAAGGCGAAGAAGGCAGAGUUGAUGGGCAAGACCCAGAAGACACAGUCCAAGGGGAACAUGCCCAAGGGCGGUGCUCCGAAGGGCCCCAAGCUUGGAGGUGGUGGUGGAAAGAGAUAGAUUCUGCUCGUGACUUUCCAUCUUUUCAUUUGACAGUAUCACCUAUUGAAAUUUUGUUUUCAAUUGUAUGUUCUCAUCAAAUGAAACAUACGGCAGAUGUCAUUACAUCAUCAAGGUUUUAUUCGAAUUUCAGUUUGAGGUGGAGUAUUACUUUUGCCAACUUUAUCCUUUUAGUGAAAUAUACCCAAUUACGUUCAA